AAAAUAAUAAUUAUUCCACUUUAUCAUUUUCGCGCUCUCGUAAAUUUAAAGUAUAGAUUUCCAAUGGCAACAUUCGUGGUUAAUCUGACAGCCAGCUCUUGAUUUUAGCUUAAGGAUCUAGAUAUCUGACUGCAGUGUAAAAAAUUAGAUUAAUAAGUCGUUGUCUUUUUUUCUGUUCUUAAAUAUUCCUUUUAUUUUCUUGUAAAUUAUAAAUUUUUGACACAGUUUAUUUUAUAAAUAUUUUCUUUUUAUAAUUAAAGGACGAUCAAAAAUAACAUUUUUUUUUAAGGAAUGAUGUAACACAAUUUUUUUAUAUUGACUAAAGACGCUAAUAUAGCUUUUUAGUUCUAUUUUGUAUUUCCAAGUGGCGAAGACCUUUAAUUUGUUUAUCAUUAAUUUGAUUUUUGAUUCUUUAAGCGACAUCUAUCGCAAAGAUGGUUCUAACAGCUAGCAUGAUGCGCCGAUAUUAUAUAAUUACAAAUAAAAGAGGAUAGAUGUCGUUAAUUAUCGUCGACAUUGUAGGUGAAAUUGUUAAUGAGUCAUUCUGACCUUAAUCAGUGUCAGUCCUGUGUCAUUCAAUGUACUCAAUUGUCAUUUCUCUUUGACUGUGACGUAUUUACGUCAAAGUUUCGAAUUUGUUUGUAAUAUUUAAAUUUAUUAGAAAGUAUUGGAGCUUUCAUUAUAUGUUAUUUCGUUUCAUAAGAAAUUCUUUUAUAUGCAACUAUUUUUUUUAAUUAAUAUCACAGACAGAGUGUAAUGUUUGGAUUAGACAAACACUAAUUACACCGCGCUUUGCUGUGAAGGUUAACCUUUUGUUUACAUUUUUUCGAAACCCGUUGUCAACCGAAAUCAUCACAGAAAUGAUUCUGCGUUGCUAAUACUAUCAAUACAAUUCGACUCACACAUUAGCCUUGUGCCUCAAUUGUAUGAAUAUUACAAUGUUAAUUGUAGUUUGCGACCUGUAUAGUUUGUAAUAGUUCAAAAUGAGAACUGUACCAAAAUGGGUGAAUAAAAUCCAUGAAGCUGAUAAAGUUGAGUUUUCCAGUGUUCAUACUACAUGCUUCAGUCCAGAUGGCACACAGUUAGUAGUAGGUGCAGGAGAAAAGGUGAUGGUGUAUGACCCUCGUGAUGGGGCUCUGGUGCAGUUACUCCAAGCGCAUAAGGGUGCUGUGCAUGCAGUGGCAUACUGUGGGGAUGGCAAAAAAUUUGCAAGUGGCAGCGCUGAUAAGAAUGUUAUUAUUUGGACCUCAAAAAUGGAAGGUGUUUUAAAGUAUUCGCACAGCGAAGCAAUUCAGUGUUUGGCCUAUAAUCCGGUGACAAUGCACCUCGCGUCAUGUGCCCUUACAGAUUUCGCAUUUUGGUCGGCUGAUGUUAAAGCUGUACAGAAGUAUCGAGUAUCUGGCCGUAUUACCUCCUGUGCUUGGUCAUCUAAUGGGCAACAUUUGGCAAUAGGUUUGGCCAGUGGUGCAGUGUCUAUUAGAGAUAGGUUAGGUGACGAGACUCAACGUAUAACACGGGAUGCUGCAGUGUGGGCAGUAGCUUUCUCGAAAUCAACACUUCUUGUUACUGAUUGGAAUGAUACUUUAUCUUUUUAUAAUGUACAGGGCCAACAAAUACACAAAGAAAGAAAUAUUGGCUUAGCGGCUCUUUCAAUAUCACUGUUAGGCGCUUUAGUGUUAGUGGGCGGCGUAGGUGGCUGGGCUGUGCUCACAGCUGAAGGUGUGCCAAUAUUGAAUACACCACAGGAAUGGGUAUGGUCUAUCAUACCAUCGCCUACAUUUAAUACGAUGGCUGUGGCGUGCCAAGAUGGUACUCUAUGGUGUUACCAAGUGGUAUUCAGUACAGUUCAUGGUUUAUAUAGGGAGCGCUAUGCAUAUAGGGAGAAUAUGACUGAUGUCAUUGUACAGCAUUUGACUACUGGGAACAAAGUUCGGAUUAAAUGUCAUGACAGAGUGCAAAAGAUUGCUAUUUAUAAACAUCGAUUAGCGGUCCAAUUACCGGAACGCGUGGUAGUGUACGAACAAGGGGAUGUCGAGGGCAUGCUGUAUCGAGUGAAGGAAAAAUUGUCUCAAAAGACGGAGUGUUCGCUCCUUGUAGCCACGAGUGAUGCUUUGCUUUUAUGUCAGGACACGAAAUUAGUAAUGAUAGGACGACAGAUACCAAAGUCGUGGACUGUGCCAGCGCCGAUACGUUACGUUAAAGUUACCACUUUGUAUUUUGAGGAGGUGCUGUUGCUAGGCCUUCUUAAUGGACAGAUCUGGCAAGUGGAACCUACCGAUGGGGAUUCGAAAAUGGUACUGCAAACGCCGGGCAGCGUGCGUUGUCUUGACGUAAGCGCGUCACGGAGUCGUCUCGCGGUCGUCGAUGACGCGUCCGUCUGUCGUGUCUACAGUUUGCCCACAGGAGAAUUGUUGUACACGGAAGAGAAUGUCUCCUCAGUGUCAUGGAACUCUUGGUGUGACGAACUGUUGAGUCUAUCCGGAGGUGGCUUGCUGUCUAUAAAGGCUGGCCACUUUCCACCUGCCACUCAGCCACUGGUCGGCUCUGUUGUAGGGUUUCAGGGCGGUCGAGUGUUUUGUCUACAAGCCAAUUCAAUGCAAACUAUAAAUGUGCCGUUAUCUCACGCAGUACACCAAAAUGUCCAACAAAAGUUAUUCAAUGAAGCAUAUGCGGUGGCGUGCCUCGGCGUGACAGCGUUAGAUUGGGAACGACUCGGAAUGGCGGCGUUAGAAGAACUCAGCUUUGAAGUUGCUAGGAAGGCUUUUCAGCGGAGCGAGAAUAUCAUAUUUUUAUCUCUCAUUGAUCAUUUGCAGGAGCGCUUCGAGGCUGGGGAAAAGCGUGCAGUAAUUACAGGUGAAGUGCUAGCUUAUCGCGGUCGUUACGCUGACGCGGCGCGAGCUUUCCACACCGCGGGACGAGAUGAGCGCGCCCUCAAUUUAUACGUAGACUUAAGGAUGUUCAAUAAAGCGCAGGAGUAUGUCGGCGAAGGGGAAGGUCUCGCUGCGCUAGCACGUCGUCGGGCAGAAUGGGCGCGGCACGUGAACGAACCUCGCGCGGCUGCUGAGAUGUACUUAGCGGCCGGCGACGUGAAGCGAGCGGCGCAGCUUAUGGCGGAGAGUGGCCGGAGGGAUAUGUUAAUAGAAUUGGCCCGUAAGCUGGAUAAAGGUUCAAGCGAGUCAUUGCGCUGCGUGGCAGAGGCGCUGGUUACUGCAGGCGAGCCAGUUACAGCCGCUGACGUGUACCAAAGGCUUGGAGACUAUAGAAAAGUAGCGCAACUGGCAGUGUCGGCGGGUGAGUGGUCGCGAGCUUUCACGCUGGCUCGUGAACACGCUGAAUGUAGGCGGGAUGUGUACUUGCCUUAUGCACACCGUAUGGCACAAGAGAAUAAAUUCGUCGACGCGCAAAAAGCUUACCAUAUGGCGGGUGAGACGGGUACGGCGAUGCGUGUGUUCACAAUAUUGGUGGGGAACGCUGUCGCCGAGGAGAGGUUCAGCGAUGCUGGAUACUUGCACCAUCUACUAGCAAUGCAGUGCUUAGACACAGCGGCAAAUUCUAAUAAUAAGGAGAAAGAGAACAGUUUACGUCAGUACGCGCAUAACGAACGCCUGGCCCGCAUAUACAACGCAUACGACGCAGUACAUAGAUGCGUGCACGAGCCGUUCUCACUCAGUCAGCCCGACUCGCUCCUGAAUGCGGCGCGGUAUGUCCUGGCAAUGCUGGAUGGUGAACCGCCCCCUGGAGUUGCAAAAUUUUGCUUAUAUCUUUGUUUAGCAAAGCAAGCCAAGGCACUAAAUGCCAAUGCGUUAGCUCGACAAAUGCUAGAUAAACUUCUGGGGCUUUUGGUGCCACAGAAAUUCCAGGAGAGUGUGGAGCUAUUGAUUCUGAAGACUCGUGCAUCUGGUGGCGGCGAGGGUCGUGAUGAAGAGGUGGCUCCGUUAUGCUGGCGUUGUAGGCGCCACGUGCCACCGCUUUGCGCUACCCACUGUCCGCACUGCAAGCAUGUCCUAGCGCAUUCACUUGCGACACACGAAGUCUUACCUUUAGUACAAUUCAUGCCGUCGGAAGGGAUCUCAGAGGAUGAAGCGUUAGAGUUGAUAGAACGGACUCCUCUCCCAGAUACAAAUAACAAAGAGGAUACGGGCGGUGCCGAGGUGCUCAGGAUAGAUCACGUCGAUGACUCUGGUGAUCCGUUUCUAGACAAAGUUGAUGAGGACGAUGAAAGCGGUGUCGUGUGGUGCAGCCGCCAAGCGCUGUUGCAGCUAAACCCGGUCAGCGUAGUGGUGGUUAAACGACCGUUGCUGCCCACUCUUUACUAUCGCAACAUGCUGCCAGAACUACCCGCCAUCGCUUGUUCCCACUGCCAAAAUCUGUUUUACGCGGAGGACUAUGAGAUACAACUGGUAACGAAAGGCCAUUGUCCGUUCUGUCGCCACACUGCCGAAGAGGUGCGCUCGGAAGAUGAGGCCGGUGAUGACUCGCUAUUCAACGGUUCAGCUUCCACACCCGGUAGCCCCAGCAAUGGACAUGGCUCGUGGCGUUAAUAUUACAAUUGCCCCUGUCACAUAUCGAUUUAAGUGAAUUUUAAAAUACACUUGUUUAAAAUAGGUAAUAAUAUGUAAGGAUAGAGACCUUUGACACUCAGUAAUAUCUGUUUUGUAGGAGACCUGGUAUGAAAGUAGUCACAAUAGGUAAAAUAAAUAAUUUCAUAAUUCUGAUAUUACUAGAUGCAAUCUAGUCCCAAACUAAAAGAGCUACGGUACGUGACAUUUUAUGGAUAAAAUAAAUAAAUAAAAAUAAUGUCUGUUUAAUUAAAAUUGUUCACAAGGAAUUUUAAAUUUGCCUAGUAAUGAUUAUAUUUGGAUUCGGUUUGUUAUUCUAUAGUGACAAGAUUCAUCAAGUAAUAUCGUACGAUAUUGUCGAAGUCGAAAAUAUAUCAAUCUCUUUAACAAUGUUUAUUUGAUAUUUAACAAUAUAAGAAAAUAAUAAAAGUUAUAAUAAUAAAUAAUACGUACAAUAAAUAUGUAAAUACUGUGUAAGAGAUAUUUAGCUUCUCUUGGUAGACGCCAAGUGAAUGAGAUGGAUUAAAAGUCUUAUAUGUACAUAUUUAUAAAAAAAAUAUCGUUUUAUAUAUAUUACAGAUAAAUAUGAAUAUUUCGUUGGACAUUUUGUAAUCGAGACAGAGAUUUUACUUAGUGAGUUUUUGACAUUUGUAUAUAUAAAUUCUCCACAUUUUCAUAACUUUUACAAUUAUAAAUUUAGCAUUAUAAAAUGUUUUAGGAAAUCUGAACUGACCAAUUAAAUAUUUAUCGUUCCUCAUCGCAAAAUAGAUAAUCAUCAUAAAUGAAAUCUUAACAGAGUAGAGGUUGUUUCUAAGUAGUUUUUUAGUAUUCGCCAAUUUUGUUCACGUUACGGAAUUUAGAAUUUAUCGCGUAUCGAUAAAUAAUUCUAUUUAUAAAAUAUUAAAUUAAUUUAGGUUGUAAUAUUAUUAAACGGAUAAGUUAAAAGCUGUUAUGAUGUUAAUACUAAUGAUUGCGGUGAUGGUGGUGUGAAUAUUACACAUAAACACAUUUUAUUACAAAUAUGCAUGUAUAUUUUAUAAAAUAAAACACAUAUAAUACAAAACAGAAUUUGAAGUAUAGUAGAAGUGUGUUUGUGAAUAAUUCUAAUGUCAUCAUCAUACAAAGCUGUUCACUUAAUAAUAAUAGUAAAUAGGAAACUAGUUGUUGUUACACGAAACUUUGUCCGUCCGUAGUUUAUAACGAAACUUUGUCCGUCCUGUAGUUUAUAUUAAUAAUAAAGGAUAAUGUAAGAUAUAUAAACUUAUAGGUUAUACAUAUUCAGUAGUGAACUUUUUUAUAUGUCGAUUUGUAACACCUAUCACCAUUCUGUUCGACAUAAAUUUUUCUACAAACGAAUUAAAUACAUCUAUAAAUGUAAUGUAAAAAAAUGAUAUGUCAACUGACACGUACUGGUGGAAUGAUAUCUCUUUAACUCGCCUAUAGAGUGAUUUAUGAUUUUACCACUUUAUAGGAUCAAAACAAAUUAUAUUUUUAUUAUAAUAGAUGGUUAAUUAAAUAACAUUUUCAUCGGUGUGAUUUAAUAUUGGUGUUAUAAUAGGAUCAUUAUUUAGUUUAGCUUUAAGUUUGUCUAUUAUAUGAUAUGCCGUGGCACAUUGAACCCACCACUGCUGGCCUUCGGUCAAAAAACAAUCCCACUGAGAGAUAAAACUGCACAAAGCAGUAUUUGUAGCGAGAUACAUAAUAUAUAAUUUAAGUUAAAUUCGACCCAUAGUAAUUAGUUUAUAAAUUAUUAUAUUGCACAGUGUACGUUAUAGUAGAUAUGUAGUGUUUAAAUUUGUUAAAUUGUAUCAAAACGAAUGCAUUUUGUUGAUUAUAAAAAAACAUCAUUUAAAUUGUUUGUACUUUGUUCCACUGUCUUAAUUAAUUUUUAAAUUUUAAUGUACAAUAUAUAUAUAUAUAUUUGCCGACACUAGUAGUACUUAAAUUUUAUGUUUUAAGAGAUAAUGGAUAAGAAAUUGAUCUCUGGAAAAAAUGUAGUAUUAUAUUAUUAACACUGUAACAGAUGUGAUAAAACCACCGUCCAUUGAAAAUAAAAUAAAC